AUGAAUCGAUACCAGGCCCUGAUCGGCUGGCUAUCUCUCAGCUUCUUGAAGAACACUUUUGCCUCAAUUCCUGCUCCACAAGCAAUUCUACCCGGUCCAUCGCCAAACACCAACAACACAACAUGUCAAAUAUAUCCCAACACCAUCGAAAGCUGGAACCAACUAGGAGUCGACCAAUUCCUCUCUGAUUUCCCCGGAGGUAAAGACACGCCAUUGGAUGAUUUUAUUUUUGGAAAUCGCAUCACAAACUUUGUCUGUGGCUUGGGUGAAAACUGCCUGGCAGGGCAACAAUGUUUACCUUUUCAAGGAUCCCUCUGGUUUAUGCUUUACUCCCUGCAAGAAUGGAACCUCUAUGUGAACUCCUUGUAUGAUGCCACCACAGGAGCAGUUGCGCAGAUUAAAGCUUGGGGCGUUGCGACAGAAGCUGAGCUCUUAGAAGAACAAGUAGGAGUAGAUACAUUGUUUCAGUCAACAAUCAAAUUGGAGCCAAGAUCUCUCGCGAAAAGGUCGCUCCCACCGGAAAAUCAACUCUCUCUUGACGCAGUGAAUGAGAGUCAGAAGACACUUGCGAGCGAGCUUCAAGGCUUGCCAGGAGACUUUGGCACUUCCUCGACAGCGGGGACUUCCGAUCUAAAACAAAUGAACAAGGCGCUGUAUUAUUUGACAAAAAAGAGUAUUUGGUCCGAAUUAGUUGUCAGCGUUUUAUCCGGCGAUGAGGAGGCAUUCAACAGAAUCAAAACUAAUGUGGUAGCCGCAUAUGAAACCAACGAGGAACAGCGAUUGGUGAGGCGCUCUGCUCCCCAAGAUAUACCAUCGGACCAUUUUGCAACAUGGAACGUCAUCAACACUUAUUUGACAAGCUUCUGUGAUCAUCUCAAAUCUGUAAUCGCGGUGACUUCGCAGAUUGGUGUUACCGCUCCAAUCUCUUCAGAUGAGGGGGUUUGGGGUAUCAUCAAGGGAGGGAAAUUCCUAUCACCCAAUCCAAAUAUGUCACAACUCCAAGAUAAACUAAGAGAGACAAUGAGACUGAGCGCCCUCGCUCAAGUUCUGAAAUCGAUGAAUGUGUUCGUAACUAUCGGUAGUGUAAGCAACCUGACCUUGCGUUUAGCCUUUUCUUCCAGCUUCCUCUCCGGAAGGCCUGAUGAUGAAUUUAAUUCGAGCAUCAAAAGAUAA